AUGUCGGUGUUUCCUGCAUUUCCCACAUCGACCGAGCCUCCAGCCCAUGGGCAAGAGCCCGUGCCUCAUUGCGAUCGUAGGCAAUGCGCGGUAGAAAAGGGUUUCGAAGACGUCAUCUACAGCACAACCACAUUAAAAAUUCUGGAGAGCGUCACCACGAUAGCUGUUUUUCUCGUAAGCUCCCUUCUACUGCUCGUACUACUCAUUGGAAGACGUCGGUUCACGGUACCGUUCUUCAGAAUCCUUACCGUCCUGGUCACCGUUAUCGUGACCCGUUCUGUGGUCAGUAUUGCAUUUAAGCUAAUCACCCUGUGGACAGGAGUACCGAUUGCCAGCCAGAAUAUCAUCACAUUAGUGGUUGAUAUUUUUAGCAAGAAAAUGAUAAUUCUAUUGAUUUUUCUUCUGGCACUGAAUCGAUUCGCUAUUAUUUUAUAUCCCAUACUGGACAGCCUAUUAUUUGCACGAUAUCGCUAUAUUUUCCUGUGUCUAAUCAGCUUUGUGAUAUCAGCGGCAGUAACCUAUGCCGUAAUAACGACGUCGAACAUGCGUCGGGAAUUUGUGCCAGAAAUUGGAUUUGUUGACUAUAUUGACUCUGCCGAACCUUACGAGGUACACGUU